AUGCUUGCCGGCGAGCAGGGCGCGGCAGCAGGCCGCCAGGGCGGAGCUGCGCGCUGGGCUGCAGGCAGGACGCACACCGGUGCGCCGCUUCCCGCUGUCCGCCGGUGCGCCGCGGCGAUCUCAGCGGUCGGCUUGGCGCGUUGGCGGGGCACCGAUGCGGUUUAUCCGGGAACUGAACACACCCGCGCACAGGGUGGGCAACCACGAACGGGGCAAAGCUUCGGCCACCUCGCCGGACCUCGCCGGACCUCGCCGGACCUCACCGCGGCGCGCAGGCGCACCCCCUUCGGCGCCAAGCGGCAGGCGGCUCAAGCCCUCGCUACAGACCUCUCCCCGGCCGGACGCGCCCCUAUUGGCUGGCGGGCGAGGCACGUGUCCGGCCAGCCGUGCACGUGUCCGGGGCGUUGUCCUUCAGGAUACAGGAUGUUCCAGGAGGACUGGAAUUCAGACACGGGGGAUGAUGCACCAUCAUCCCUCCCACUCUUUGAGCAGGGGUCCUCAAGCUACGGCCCGCGGGCCGGAUUCGGCCACCCCAGGGUCCUCAAUCCGGACGGUAUUUACAGACACACCCUCCCCCACGCCAGGGGUUGGGGGAAGGAAACCAAGCAGCCACAGAUGACUUCCUGCCACUUAAUCUGCGUGCUGGCCUCCGCAGCCCCUAAGCAGCCGCCGGGACUGGGCUGGAACCAGCGCCUCGUCCUCAACCUGCCCCAGCUCUGGGGCGCUUCUCGGCUACAAACCGUGCCGCCGCCGCUGGUGCCAAAGAGAUGUGGCCGGAGCAGGCGGAUUUAUUUAGCUGUCUUCCCUGGAAGACAAAACGGCCGGUUAAGUGACUUCAAGACAGGUGAAGGUCUGAAUGUAGGCUUAUUUGGUACUGCUGAACAUCUAAACAGACCGUAUAAGCCAACAAGUACAUUUGGUAAUGGAAGGAAUUUUGCAAACAGAGGUUUUCAAGAGAUGAACAUGGGAGGAGAUUACACUACACGAAAUAGAGGUUUUACAGGAUUUCCUUCUGGUUUUGUACGAAGUGAGAACACUACUUCUAUGACGCUAUCUGUUACAGAUACUAGAGAUGAACAAAGAGGCAGACCUCUGUCUGGCAGUUUUGUUGGCUCCAGAGGAAGAGGUUUUGAAGGUUCUGCAGUACAUUCCAAAGACAACGAAGAAAAAGGUUUCGAAAGAGGUCCGAAGGUGACUUAUGUGCCGCCUCCUCCUCCUGAUGAUGAAGACACCAUCUUUGCACAUUAUGAGACAGGAAUUAAUUUUGACAAGUAUGAUGAAAAUGCUGUCGAAGUGUCGGGACUUAACCCUCCAUCACCGUUACAGACUUUUGAAGAAGCUGAUUUCUGCCAGACUUUAAAGAAGAACAUUGCUAAAGCUGGAUACUCUAAACUUACUCCAGUGCAGAAGUACAGCAUUCCAAUUAUACUGUCUGGACAGGAUUUAAUGGCAUGUGCCCAAACAGGAUCAGGGAAGACUGCAGCUUUUCUUCUACCAGUUGUGUCUGUCAUGAUGAGAGAUGGUGUAACUGCCAGUAGUUUUAAAGAGCAACAAGAACCAGAAUGUAUUAUUGUUGCCCCAACUAGAGAACUGAUCAAUCAGAUCUACCUAGAAGCAAGGAAAUUUGUGUACGGGACUUGUAUAAGGCCUGUUGUGAUGUAUGGAGGUACACAAACAGGCCAUUCAAUUCGUCAGGUAAUGCAAGGCUGUAAUAUACUAUGUGCUACGCCAGGUAGGCUUCUGGACAUUAUAGAAAGAGAGAAGAUUGGCUUGCAGAAUGUGAAGUACUUGGUACUAGAUGAAGCAGACCGCAUGCUUGAUAUGGGAUUUGGGUUAGAUAUGAAGAAGUUGGUUUCUUACCCAAGCAUGCCAUCAAAAGAUGAACGCCAGACACUAAUGUUCAGUGCCACUUAUCCUGUAGAAGUUCAGAAGCUGGCUCGUGAAUUCUUGAAAGCUAAUUAUUUGUUUGUUGUUGUUGGACUUGUGGGUGGAGCUUGCAGUGACGUUCAGCAAAAUAUUCUUCAAGUUCCUGAGUACUCCAAGAGGGAUAAACUGCUUGAAAUUCUACAAAACAUAGGUCAUGAGCGAACCCUCGUGUUUGUGAGCAAAAAGAAAAAAGCAGACUACCUUGCAGCCUUUCUUUGUCAAGAGAAAAUAGCAGCCACUAGUAUCCAUGGAGAUAGAGAACAGAGAGAAAGAGAAGAAGCUCUUCAGGAUUUUCGUUCUGGAAAGUGUCCAAUUCUCGUGGCAACUUCAGUGGCAGCAAGAGGUCUAGAUAUUGAAAACGUGCAACAUGUCAUUAAUUUUGAUCUUCCUUCUACCAUUGAAGAGUAUGUACACCGAAUUGGGCGAACUGGUCGCUGUGGAAAUACAGGCAAAGCAGUUUGCUUCUUUGAUAGUAGUUCAGAUGGUCAUCUUGCACAGCGUCUAGUGAAGGUGCUUUCAGAUGCCCAGCAGGAAGUUCCUGCUUGGUUGGAAGAAAUUGCUUUUGGUUUUCAAGAAGGAGUCUUUACACCAGUUAAUACACAAAAUAACUACAAAGGUGGAGGCAGCAUGAACCCUGAAGAAAGGAGUGCAAGUGAAUUUGAGUCAUGGGGUUAA